GAGGGUGACUACUACCAAGUUUGGGAUGGAUAUUUCUGGAUGACCCCUGAAAAAGGACAGCUACUGACCCCUGCUGACAUUUGCUGGGAGCAAAAUGCUCAUGUACCAACAUUUGGAGGUCGCGAGUUUCCAAGAUAUCACAUGAAACAUAUGGGACUAUUGCCUACCCACAAAUGUAAGACUGUAAAGGACGUAACAUUUAUUGUCAACAAGUCUGUUAUAUGGCCAGGGGCAGAUUGGGAAAAUAGCCCUGGUAUGAGAUGGGUAGCCCCAAAUAACACUCGAUGGAUUUGUGGAUACAACCUUUGGCCCUGGCUCCCUGGAGGAUGGGUGGGGAGAUGCACCCUAGGGUUUGUGUUUGCCCCUGGGAGAAUUCAUCAGCAAAAACUUAGUCAACCUGUUAAUUUACCUUAUGUUAAAGCUCGGUGGUCAUGCUCUGUUUUUCACUGGAAUGAUUAUUUAGCCUCAUUUUUUGUGCCCUCUUUAGGAGCCACUGAUAUUAUGCUCAGGGUAGAGGCUUUGAACAAUUUUACAAAACAAGCUUUGACAGAUACUAGAAGAGCUUUAGAGGCUCUUAAUGAAGAACAAAAACAGACGAGAAAAACCAUUGUACAGAAUCGUAUGGCUCUGGAUAUUCUAACAUCCUCUCAAGGGGGAACAUGUGCCCUAAUAAAAAUAGAGUGUUUUGUAUAUAUUCCCGAUUAUUCCUCAAAAGUUUCUGAUGCUUUAGAAGAUAUGAAACAACAAGUAGCCACUAUGGAUUUUUCUGACUCCAGCAUUUGGAGUCAGAUAUCUGCCUGGUUUCAUGGUGAUUGGUGGAAAUCAAUAAUUUUUAUCAUUAUAUGCUUAUUGCUAUUGCUGUGUUUUGGCCCUUGCAUUUGUCAAUGC